AACACACCUGUUACCUAAAACCGUUUUCUGCUACCUGCUUGCGUCGAUAAUACAAAUCUACAAACAAAAACUCCAAAGUACGACCUGAACCCACGAAUCAAAAAUGGACAAACUCAAGGAAAAACUCCACAUCGGCAGCAGCCGUCGCAAGUCUCAGCCUGAGAACGAUGUUGGCAAUGUCGGCACCAUCGAAGAGAAUCGCGACUCCAUCGACUCCGAGCUCGCAGCGAUGCCUCCCCAUGAGCGUGUCGCCUACCUAAAGGAAUUCGAAGACUCAGACAAGCACGACCAACCGAAGAAGGGCGGUCUCCUCGAGAAGCUCAUAGCCCGAGGCAACAAGAAGACCGAAGACCAGAUUGCAGCAGAGACCAAGGAGCGUGAGGCGCGCGAAGCAGCUCACCGUGACGCAACACACGCGGCGGUAGGCCCUGGUGCUGGUGCUAGUGCACACUCAGCUGCAGGACCUGGUGGUUUGUAGGCCGUGGAUGGAGGAGUGGCGAGCUUUUCAAGAUUCAGGAAGUGGGUUCUCUAGGCAUCGACUCUGAGCGAGGCUUCUUUCUCAGUGAUGGACUGUGAUUAGGGCUAUGUGUAUUUCUUUCCACAUGACGGCCAAUGACAUCAAUUUGAACUUUCUAACUUUGAAUAUGAGUAAAUGCUUCUGCGAC